GCUGUCUUGACCAUCCUACUCGACCUCGUCAGCUUCUGCCCUCAUCUAAGGCGGUUUGAUUGGCCUCUAAGCUAUUUGUUGCUCUGUACUACCAGCUGGAGCACCGGGACGGCUUACCCAGUCGCCAGGUAACAACAGACACCGAUUCCUGCAUACACGACUUUCCAUCGUCCGAGGUCUCAGGAUGGCGCACAACUCGCCUAUGAUAUCUAUCCCAAAGAAGUCUACGGAGGAGGUAGACUGGACAACGCCGAUCCGCAGCGCGAUCUCGCACUCGUAUGGAGAGGAUCCAGACAACUACGCAACGGAGUGCGCGAACCUGCAGCGUUGCAGGCAAGAUGCAGUCAAGGGAGCGGGAAGCGAUAUGACUGCUCGCGAUCUGCUGUACAAGUACUUCGGACAGCUCGAGCUGCUAGAAUUACGCUUUGCUGAAAUCCGUGUUAACUUCCCAUGGCGGGAUGCGUUCACCAACAAGCUUAUCACCCAGACCUCGAUAGCCUAUGAGAAGGCCUCCAUUAUCUUCCAAAUAGCGGCGACUCAUUCCGCUAUUGCAGCGUCUCAGAACCGUUCUGACCCCGAGGGGUUGAAGCGCGCCUUCUACUAUUUCCGGACGUGUGCGGGAAUGCUGACAUACAUCAAUGACAACUUCCUCCACGCACCUUCCACCGAUCUCAGUCGGGAGGUCAUCAAGUUCCUGGUUGGCAUCAUCUUCGCGCAGGCGACGGAGGUAUUCUUCGAGAAAUGCACCGACGAGAAGAAAGGCAACGCCCUUGUCGCCAAGAUUGCGUCGCAGACGGCUUUCAUGUACACAUCACUUUCGGAGGAGGUGAAGGAGUUCAUGGGCAAGGGUAUCUUUGACCGUAACUGGGUGUCAUUGCUUCAAAUCAAGGGGAAAUACUUCACAUCUGUGGCGCAGUACUAUCGCGCUCUCGCGGACAGUGCGGCCGGAAAGCACGGCGACGCUCUGGUCCGUUUCACAGUAGCCGAGGCGGCAGCAAAGGAAGCAAACCGUUCGGCAUCUUCCUUCUCGAACAUAUUCGUCACGCAGAUGUCACCCAGCCUCCCUCCAGAUGCUGGUUCGGCAAUCCUUGACCUCACGAAAGCCCACCUGGCCCUUUGCACAGACAAGAAGAACGAGGCACAGCGAGAGAACGAUCUCAUCUACAAUGCUGUUCUCCCUGCCGCGGAGGCGUUGCCUCAGAUUGACAAGGCGACCAUCGCGACCCCUAUCACGAUCCAGGAGGUCUAUGCGGCGCCGGAAGUGCAGAAAGUAAUAGGACCGGAUAUGUUCGUCCGCCUCAUUCCUCUCAGUGUCCACGAGAGCGCUAGUGUCUACUCCGAGGAGAAGGCGAAGCUCGUGCGUGGCGAGGUGGAGAAAGCCGAUAACGCAGAGGUGGAAGUCAAGAGCGCGCUAGAAUCGCUGGGUGUGAAGCAGGGUUUGGCGCGCUUCAAGGCUAUCGCCGAGGGAGGAGUGGGCGGUGAGGAGGAAGUGCCUUUGGAGGUGCGCCAGUGGCGUGAAGACAUAGGGAUCAUGGAAGAGAGAGAAAGCGUCGAGAGGCUCAUGGUGCAGCUGACGAAGCUCAAAGAGACCGUCAAGGGCGAGCUCGAUGGCAUCAGCAGGGAGCUCGAGACGGAGAGUCGGGACUGCGAGGCAAUGCGCGUCAAAUACGAGCAUCUCUGGACGCAGGAGCCGUCGGGCUCUCUCACCAAGUCGUUCCGCCAGGAGCUCAAGUCGCACCUGGGUUCACUUGACGCCGCAGCUCAGUCUGAUCAGCAGGUGGUUGCGCUAUGGGACUCCGUCAAAGGCGAGAUCCGUCUGCUGCUUUCACCUCAGGUGGAGGAGGUAUUCCGAGCUAGCACGGACGGAGCCGGAGCCGGGACCGAGAGUUUGCUUGACUUGGACGUGACGAACGAUGCUCAGAACGAGGAUGAGCGUGCGCAGAUCGUCCAAUUGGUCGACGAGAUUGAGGAGCGCUUAGGUCGACUGAACAAGAUUGCUCACGAGCGAAUCCAGGUGCUGAAGGACCUGAAGGAGAAGGUCCAAACGGACGACGUCUCGCAUCUUCUGCUUCUCAACAGACGUAACCCUGGCGCCGAGAACAACCUCUUCGCUGGAGAACUCGAGAAGUUCAAGUCUUACCAACAACGUUUGACGGCCACCGUUCAUCAUGAACAGGUGACAAUUCAAGAGGUCUCUACCCUCUGGCGUGCCCUGAAGGACUUGGCCGGACGCGGGCCUGGCGCGAAGAAGUGGGAGGAACGGGAAAGGAGAAAGAAAGAUACCAUUCGCCGUUUCUCGCGCGCUCGAGAUGGCUAUAUGGAAGUCAGGGACGGUAUUGCCAAGGGUCUCCAGUUCUAUAACGAGCUCACGGAGUUGACCACGAUCCUUCGGCGAAACGCGAAGUCCUUCGUGUCAGAGCGGACCGUGGACCGCGAAAGGCUGGCCGCUGGGCUUGAGACACAGAGACGGCUCUCCCAGUCGGCAGCGGCUUCGCCACCACCUCCACCACCUCCACGGCCAGUGCAAUCCCAGCCUACAGGACUGGAGGCGUCAUUUGCCUCGAUGAAUAUCCAGAAUAAGAACGGGAUGGUGUCUCCUCCGGCUCCUCCGCAAAGUUCCUGGCAGUCGGCGCCUGCUCCUUCUGCACCGCAGUAUCCCUCGCCUCCUCAGUCACAACCGGCGAGGUCACCUUACCCACCCCCGCCUCCAUCAGCUCCGCCUUCACGACCUUCCUAUCAAUCGCAGCCAUCCGCCCCCGCGCUCGAUCCUUAUGCAUCGCUCAACAUGUUCAACGCUGGCAGCUCGACAUUCUCCUCCCCUCCGCCGAACGGUGCUACUAGCCCCCCGCCCCCACCUCGUCCACCCCAACUGUCUCAACAGUAUCCUCUCGCUCCACAGCAUACCUACCAGCCGUCAUACUCACAGCCACAGCAGCCGCAAUAUGGUCAACCACAGCAGCAGCCGUACUCGCACCCCCAGCACCAGGCCUCAUACCCGCCUCCGCCUUCACAGCCGCAAUAUGGCGGAGGAUAUCAGUCGUCAACGCCCGCGGCCGCUUCGCCGUUCCCGCCGCCGCCUCCUCCCGUCCCAUAUCAGUCGCAGUAUGCAUCGCCGUCUCCUCCGGCGCAACAACAACAGCAACCUGGAUACCAAUAUGGACUGCCGCCACCGCCACCGCCUCAGCAAUACGGGCAGUACUCACAAGGCUACGGCCGGUAGCAGUGCCAGUACGCAGUACGCAUGGCUAUCAAGGCAAGAGUAGAAUGUAGGUGUCUGGAUUUCAGCUAGUCGUUGUUGUUCGUGUAGCCCCCGGGUGCAUAUUGAAUGAAGAGUGCAUUCGCGUACUGUAACUACAGUACAUACAGCCUCAACUUGAACACGGUUCUAUGUGUCGACCGGGUUCCAAUGAGUCUGACCAUGCGACACAUGGCAGUAUGUUUGUCUAGUGUGAUACCAAGUCUGGAUUUCAGAUCAGUGAUCUUCACUUUCGACUCAAUGUGCGCGAAAGAUGCGGGCUCUGACAGUGGCACCGUCGGCGACACCUGGUUAGGCUCGCACAAUGUUAUCACGGUUAAGUAUGUCCGCAGUGUAGAAGGUAGUGGCCUACCCUAAACGACUUGCGCUUCAUACUUAUGUACACUACUUUCAGUAUAUAUAGUAGUGUAUCGAC